GUGUAAUUCCUUCAACUCCUGCGCAUAUCGCCGUCAUUCUAUCUGUCGCGAGCCAUUAGUACGCACGUAAAUACCGUGUUAUGAAUUACACGACUGUCGCGCUAAAAAAGUAAAUCAAAAAGUACACUCAACGAGACAACAAAUCUUAAUUUGUCCACAGCCACGUGAAAACUAAAAAAAAAAGUUAAUAAAAAAAGUGACAGUGCAGUGAAAAAAAAAGACUUGUCAAAAUGAUGACGAUAAGCGAAAGUCAGUUCUCAUCGAACAAAAUGUCGAGCAUCCACAAGAUAAACGACAGGAUCGUCCACAGAGACAGCUUCGACGACACCAAGAGUUCGUCGAGCGUCAAUAGCACACUCAUUACGAAGAGGGGCUUCAAGCCUUCUGACAUGUACGACCCUCAGAAGAAGGAGUUCCUCACGAACCUCAGUUAUAAGUUGUUCCCUAAUGAUGUGGAUUUAUCCCGCGAGCCCACGCUUCAGGAGCCACUCGACUCACUUACCGAGGACAUGGAGAACAAGCCGGUGCUAGUGGGGGAGAAGGAGGUGGACCUGAACAAGAUCUUCACGCCGGCGCCCGAUGCUGAAGAGCAUAUCAUCAAGAAAGACCGCAAGUUUGAAAAAACCUUCGCAUCUUCAGCAUUCUACGUGCCAGGAGUGCACCCGACCGUGAAGGAACAGAUGGACCUUGCCAGGGCCAUCUCCAAGUCCUUGAGCGACUCCAGCAACCACAUGAGCCGAGGACAGAGCAUGUACGUCAACAGGAAGAAGAGAUCCGUCAAGUGGGUGCAUGAGGGACGAGGUCGAAACACAUCGAACGCGUGCUCCACGCCGACUCCCGUAGCGAAUCACGACACACCGUACCGCCCGCCAUCUAGUUUACGCAACCAGAAAACAUACCCAAAAUCGGCGCUCAAACACUCCAGUAACUUACCCAAAAUGGAGCCGUUCCCUAUCUCUCCUCCGACGAUUACAGUACAGAAUAUUGAUGUACCAGUCCCCAUGGCACCUACGAAGUUAAACGAUGUAUAUGCUUCACCUAAAAGCCCGCGAUUGCCCCUAGUUUCGGGACCUAACUUCAACGUAGCGCCGCGCGGUUGGGGCGAAAUGAAGGACUACUACCGGCCAGUCGUACUAGAUGGCGCUGGCGCUUCGACGCAUUACACAGAUUUUUAAAAUUAUUUAAUUUAAAUUCUUGUUAAAUAAUUUUAAGACUUAAUGUAUGUAAUAUAAGUGACACUUAUAUUGAAAUUCUCUUUACUUUGCGAAGUUAUUAUUUUUCAAAUGUCAGCGUUGUGGGAUUUGUUUUAGAUCAAAGUAAAGAAUGUCAUACUUGAAUCCAAAUAAAGUUAAUUAAUACAGUAAUCUAGAGAACAAUGACUUUCCAUUGUAGGUAUAGCUACUGUGCUUAAUAUUGAACAUCACAUCGGAAAACAUCGAGCAGAACUUACGAAUAAUUUUAAUGUAAUUUAAAAUUAGCAUUUUGAUUUAUACAUCUUGAAUAAUGACUAUACAUGACUAGUUUAUAGUUUUACGUUUAAUAUAGAUAUUAACUUUAAAUACCUAUUGAAAAAAAAAUGUAGUCGAGUCCUAGUCAUAGUUAAGGUCAUUAAUUAAAAUAAGUAUUUAAUACUCAUAGUGUCUGUUAUGUAAAGUAUCUAACCAAAGAUCUGUUGUAGUAUCUAAGAAAAAUAAAUAUUUUAUCUAUUACUUACAUAGUCAAUAAAAAUAUGUUUCCUAAAAAACUAUAAUUACUCUAUUUGUAUACUUUUAUAAAGAAAAAAAACCAUUGUAUUUUCGAAAUGAUAAAAAUUGACUAAUUUUGCUAGUCGAGAAAAAUGAAUUAACUUUAUUUAAUAAAUAAUAACGUACGAUAAGUUAGUACUUAAUUUAAAUUAACUUAUUUUUAUGGAAAGUUGUAUUUAUUUGAUGUACGACUGUUGUUCGUGAAGAUCAAUAAAGUACGUUACAAAA